AGUAAAGAGACACGCGGCAAUCGCUGUGAUGUUUUGCGACCGAGUCAAUGUAUGUGCACUCGUGGCCAAAAGCGUUUAGACUAAGAGGAGAUUACAGCAAACUCAGCUUGUAGAAGCAACGCAAAUAUAAGAAGCAUGCCGGACCUUCCGCGCGCGGGGCCCCGGCCUGCGACAACCAUGGGCCUGUUGGUUAUCACCUGGGUCACGAUAGCCUUCGGAAACUCUAUGCAACCGAUCAGCAUACUAGCCUGGGCAGCGCCGUUCGUGCUGCUGCUGGCCUACGACUUCACGCGGAGGAGCUUCAAGUCCAGCAUUUUCGCCCACGUCGUUAUCAUUGUGGUGCAGGCCCUGGGCACCAUGUUCGGCAUGGCGGGCAUGCUGUCCUAUCCCUCCGUCACGCCCGCCUCCCUGGGCGCCACCUUCUGCCUCGGCCUGGCCCUCGCCACCGCCACCACCCUGGGCGCGCUGAUGCCCGCCGCCCGGCUGUGGCGCCUGGCCACCGAGCUGCUGCCUCCCGUGCCCGCCGGCGCCCCCCGUGGACUGACGCCCGCCUGCCGCGCGGCGUCGCUGCCGCUGCUGGGUCGUGUGCUGGUGGUGGUGCCGCUAUGGGGCUACCCGGUGCUGCACGGUGGCGUGGGCACGCUGGUGGGCAUGGCGCUGGGGCACGACCACGACCAGGGUGUGGCUGUGUCGGACUCGGCACCGGUGCUGCAGCUGGCCUCGCUGUUUGGGCUGUGGGGCCUGAACCUGCUGGUGGAUCUGGCGGCGGCGGCGGCGUUCCUGGUGGCGGCGGCCUCAGAGCGCACGCCGCUGGAGAGGCUGCAGGCGGUGGACGGCCGCGCCUCCACCUUUGGCGGCGGCGCUGACUCGGACGACGAUGGCUCCGUGGACGGCCCCCUAGCAGCCAUGGGCCUAGGCCUCAUGUCAGCCACCAGCGACAUCGGAUACCUGUACGACGGCGCCCGCCGCCGCGCCGCCGCCACCGCCGCCGCCAUGGCCGGCACAGGCCUGGACGGCAGCCCGCACUCGUGGGCGCGGCUGUGCCGCCCGCUGCGGCGACACGUGGCGGCGGCGGCGGCGGCGGUGGUGGUGCUGCUGGCGGUGGGCGGUGGGCUGGUGCACAGCGACUCGUUUUAUCAGAGGGCGGUGACGGCGCAGCUGGCUCGGGAGCAGCGCCUGGCGGCUAGCUGCGUGGUGGGGCAGAGCGUUCGCGUGGGCAGCGCCGACUAUGUGUGGCUGUGGGCCCAGACCGCCGAGCGCGUCUUGGCCGGCGAUAAUUUCGUGCUGUGGUCGGAGGAGGCCGUGGACGUGAUGGACGACGUCGAGGAGGAGGCGCUGCUGGCGGCGGGCCGUGACCUGCUGGCCGUACAUGGAGGAGGCGGCGGCAGCGGCGGCUCGGAGGGCGGCGGCGGCGGCGGCACGUAUCUGGGGCUGUGCUACCAGAAAUUCGGGGGUCAACUGCCACAGGGCCGCUCCACAAACCAUUUUGUGCUGCUGUCGCCCAACGGCAGUGUGGUGUGGGACUACCUCAAGGCCUUCCCCGUGCCCCUGGUGGAGGCGCACGUCAUCGCGGGGCCGGCGCGCAUGCCCAUCGCGGACAGCCCCUACGGCCGCCUGAGUGGCGCCAUCUGCUUCGACCUGGACCGGCCCCUGUACACACGCCAGGCCGGCGCCGCGGGUGUGGACCUGCUGCUGCAGCCCUCCUGGACCUGGGGCGCCGUGGGCCCGCGCCACUUCGCCGCCAACACACUGCGCGCGGUGGAGAGCGGGCUCACCGUCCUGCGCUGCAGCAGCGCCGGCGUGAGCGGCGUGCUGGGCCCGCGCGGGCAGGUGUGGCACUACCUGCUGACGGGCCAGCGGGACGUGCUCACCUUCGAGCUGCCCAUCCAGCCCCGCGUGCGCACGCUGUACGUGUUGGCGGGCUGGCUGCUGGAGUGGGCCAACCUGGCGGCGGCCGCGGCCCUGUGGGCGGUGCUGCUGCUGCCGCGCUCCUACGCGGCGCAGUGGGUGCGGCCGCGCGGCCAGACCGGCGGCGACCACGUGCUGCUGGGCGGCGUGUCGGAGGACGGCGGAGACGCGGAGGAGGCUGGCGGCCUGUUGGGUUCGAAUGGUGUGGGUCGUGGCGGGCGCGGCGGCAGCCCUGGCGCGACGGUGGCCGGCUUCGCCGGCGGUGGCGCUGGCCUGGGGCCGCUGAGUGCUGCGCGUAUGGGUGGAGGCGGGAGCGGUGUGAGCGGCGGCGCGGGCGUGUCGCGUGGCGCCUCGAUGUGGGGCAAGCUGCGGAGUGUGCUGGGCACGGAGGAGGAGGCGCCGCGGGUGGGCACGGAGCCGCUGCUGGUGGGUGGCUCGGCGGGCGACGCGGCGGCGGCGGACGCCGAUGAAGGCCGCUCGUAGGCGGCCUGGCCGCGGUGUCCGUGCGGCACGGUGUCCAUGUGGCACGUGUUGAUAAGAGGGAGCCGCGCGUAUAUGGUCUUUGGUUGUGAGCAGCUAAGCAACUUUGCGGUUAGUUGGUCAUGUCGAUACCGGUACUGCAGCACUACCGUACUGUUUGUGUGUGAGUUUGGGUAUAUUGGGGCCGGGGCGGAGGGGCGGCCAUUCCGGCCUAGGAGCAUGUGACGGGGCCACGGGGCCACGGCGUGAGCCCGAGUUCGGCUUUGGUGCAUGCGCCUCAGCCCUCAGGAGCCGCGGGGCGCGUGAUUGCGCGGGCUUGGGCUGGAUGGCCGCACUUGUGAACUGCGGCAGUGUGUGUAUUAGUGUAUAGGCAGGUAUAGGUGGCCGGGUUCACGCGCAUGCAUUGCGCCUAGGAGAUGAUUCGACAGCGCGCGGCGGCGCGCAACCAGCUUGACGGGCUAUGACAGCACGAGCGUGGGAUAGCUGUAUUCAGUGUAU